AUGUCCCAGAACGAUAAAAAGGCCUUGAAAAUUAUGGAAGAUUCCAUCAAGUUAGACAAUGGACAUUACGUAAUCGCGCUACCCUGGAAAAAUUAUCCACCGCAACUACAAAACAACCGAUCCCUAGCUGAACAACGACUAAGUUCACUCAAACGGCGUCUCCAACGAGAACCUAUCGUGCACGAGAAGUACACGGCGUUUAUGAACGACCUCCUGAACAAGGAUUAUGCAAGGAAGGUGAAUCACGAAGCUCAAGAUCCGUCUAAAAUCCUUUGGUACCUUCCCCAUCACCCAGUGUUGAAUCCCCACAAACCCGAGAAGGUGAGAGUAGUCUUCGAUUGCUCUGCUAAAUACGGUAAUACAUCACUCAACGACCAACUGCUACAGGGGCCGGAUAUGACCAGUACUUUAGUCGGCGUACUCACGAGAUUCAGAGAGGAAAGAGUGGCAAUGACGUCAGAUAUUGAGUCCAUGUUCUACCAAGUUCGUGUAAAACCAAGUGACUGUAGCACAUUAAGAUUCCUGUGGUGGCCAAAUGGAAGGCUCGAUGAACCUGUUGAAGAGUACGAAAUGCAAGUGCAUCUGUUUGGCGGAACAUCAUCACCAAGUUGUUCAAAUUUUGCUCUGAGACGAACAGCAGAAGACAACAAGUCAGAGUUCGAUCCGCAAACCAUUGAAACAGUCAAGAGGAAUUUCUAUGUUGACGACUGUCUCAAGUCGGUGAAGUCCGAUGAAGAAGCAGUGAGAAGGGCAAGUCAGCUACGCGAGUUGUUGUCGAGAGGUGGUUUCAGAUUAACCAAGUGGAACUCGACGUCACAAAAACUCAUCAAGUCUUUACCAGAGUCAGAAAGAGCCGAGAAAAUCAAGGAUCUCGACUUUGACAAGCUGUCCAUCGAAAGAGUACUGGGAGUCCAGUGGAACGUCUCAACCGACCAGUUUGGUUUCAUCAAGGUUCGCCCCCUGACUAGAAGAGGAAUACUAUCUGUAGUAAGUUCGGUGUUUGAUCCGUUGGGAUUCGCGGCACCAUUCAUCCUUCAAGCAAAGCAAAUUCUGCAAGAAUUAUGCCGAUUGAAGCUCGACUGGGACGAAACCAUUCCCGAGAAGUUUCAAGAUCGUUGGCAAUCAUGGCUACGAGAUCUACCAAAUUUAGAAGAGUUAACAAUCGAUGUUGCUUCAACCUAA